GGUAAGCGUGUUAUAUGGUAAAUGUUUACUUAAUCGCAGACCCGAGGCUGUAACUUGCUUGGCAAAUAUUUCGAGUUGCUCUUGCUUUCUUUAAACAGAAACGAACAUCUACAUAAUUGUGCGAUUUGGAUAAUGAGCUAGCUGUAUUUGUACACUUCCCUGUCUUGUGUCACAAGCAGACAAAUUUUGCGGAUUUAGAUCUAACUAUAAGGGGUCGCUCCAGGUUUGGUCAUUAUGCCCAUCCAGUGUAACAGCUGUGUAGAAAACCGAGCGCUGCUCAGACGCCCAAAAACCGGCCAUUCCUUAUGUAAAUCCUGCUUCUUCUGGGCUUUUGAGGAAGAGAUUCAUCAAACCAUUGUGUCGGCCCGGCUGUUUAAUCGUGGGGAGACGGUUGGGAUCGGAGCAUCAGGAGGAAAGGACUCCACUGUAUUAGCUCAUGUUCUGAAAGUGCUGAAUGAGCGAUAUGAUUACGGCCUUAAGCUACUGCUGCUCUCGGUGGACGAGGGGAUCACGGGAUACCGCGACGAUUCUCUAGAAACGGUGAAGAGAAACCAACAGCAGUACGAUCUGCCUCUAACCAUUGUGUCCUAUCAAGAGUUAUAUGGUUGGACCAUGGACGCCAUCGUCAAACAAGUGGGCCUGAAGAACAACUGCACUUUUUGCGGCGUGUUUCGGAGGCAGGCGCUCGAUCGGGGAGCUAUGAUGCUGAACGUGGACAAGAUAUGCACAGGUCACAAUGCAGAUGAUGUGGCGGAGACGGUGCUGAUGAAUGUACUGCGUGGUGAUAUUGCUCGUCUGCGUCGCUGCACAGCAAUCACCACAGCCAGUGAUGGUGAAGGAGCAAUUCCACGUUGCAAACCUCUCAAAUAUGCUUAUGAAAAAGAAAUUGUUCUCUAUGCAUACUUCAAAAAGCUUGACUACUUCUCUACUGAGUGUGUUUAUUCACCCAAUGCUUACCGUGGCUAUGCACGUACCUUCCUCAAAGACCUUGAGGCUGUCAGGCCUAGUGCUAUCAUUGACAUCAUCCACUCGGGUGAGAACCUCUCUGUGAAGGAAGGAGUGAAGAUGCCUGUGCAAGGAACAUGUUCACGCUGUGGUUAUAUCUCCAGCCAGGCACUGUGCAAGUCUUGUGUACUGCUGGAUGGCCUAAAUCGAGGCUUGCCCAAACUUGGGAUAGGCAAACACCACCGGCUUCAUGACAAGAUAUUGGCCCAGCAGGCUUUAACAAAACAAGAGGAGAAGAAGCUAAAGGCAGUGGACUUUUAAUGUAACUUCAUAAGUGUUUGUGCACAUAUAAUAGAGGGGGAGGUUAUUGUUUUUAGCCUUUGAUUUUGAAGUAAUGUUGUUUAACUUUCUUUGGUAUUCUACAUUAAAGCAGACUUUUGCAUUUAA